AUGUCCUCACGUAUCAUGCAAUUCAACUCUGCGCAAGAGGAAUUGGAUUAUUAUCGAGCUCAUGCCGAAGAUUUAGAGCUGACACUCCAAGAUACAAGAGCUGCUUUGGACGAGUUUCAAGUAUCCUCUCGUGAACUGGAAGAAGAGCUUGAAAAGGAAUUGCAAGCUACGGAAAAAGCAUAUAAUGAUCUCAAAUCUCGCUGUGAACAUUUCAAAAGAGACGCAGAGGACUGGAAGAGCAAAUACACAGAGUCAAAGCAUGAACAGAACAUUGCUAUGGUGCAGAUGCAGAGAGAAAUAGACAUAUUGAGAGCGACCGAAGAUUCGUUUAGAAAGAAGGUCCUUGAGUUGGAGCUGGAUAAUGAUGAUUUGGAGAGAACAGAGAGAGCUGCGACAUCCUCACUCACAGACUUGGAGAUGAAGUUGAACAAAGCAAUCGAGAGAAAUGUGAUUCUUGAAAACGAGAUCCAAACAAAAGACAAUUUAACAGAGCAAACACAAAGACUGAAGGACGAACUUAAUGAGGUAAAUCAGGAACUGUCUGUCUUGCGAAGCCAAUCAGCCAAACAAUCCGAAUAUAUUGGAGAACUCGAAAACAAGAUUGAGGAUGUUGAAAAGAAGAAUCGUCAACAAAGCCAGCAAAUGCAGCAGCGACAGAAUCGAUCACCUACACCAGAAACAGCUGGCAACUACUAUGAUCCUUACUCUAGAACAAGAAGCACUCGUAUACCCCGUACUCCAACUUCGGGCUCAUUGUCUUCUUCCUCUAAUCCAGUCAAAAUGGUACAAGAGAUGGUUGGCCGUGUCAGAAGCUUGGAGGCACGUUUGCAAUCAUGUCGUUCGCUGGUUACACCGCUUUUGAAUCCACCACCUUCGUACAGCUCCUCCAACUAUACUUACAACAGAGAUACACACAUGAGCACCAGUAGACCUUCUUCGCCAGACAGCAUGCGAUCCGGAAGUCCAAUGCACUUCUCCAAUAUCAAAGCAAGAAGACCAUCUGAAUACAUGAAAACAAGCAUGGAUACCAGUGAGGAAUAA